GACCCAUCCUUUUCCAUGGUGACAGUCCAACGGGAGGACAGCGGAAUAACCUGGGAGACCAAUUCAAGUGGAUCUUCCACUCCUUGGGCUUCAGAAGAAAGUCAGACUUCUGGUAUAUGUAGUUUGGAAGGGUCAGCUCUGAAUUCUCCUCCAGGAAAUGUUUCCUUUAUUGUGGAUGAAGUUAAAACAAAACGAAAAAGAACCCAGAAGUCUAAGCAUGGCUCAUUGCGUCGGAAAGGCAGCAAGAAAAGAAAUUCUCUAAAAUCGCAGGAUGUUCUGGCAAACAAAGAAGAUGGUCCUUUAAUUUCAGGAAGUCCAGUGCUAAAUUCUGAGAAGGAGAAGUCAUCUAUUGGCACUUACGAUAAAACAAAACGGAAGAAGACUACAUCAAAUAUACCUCCCAUCACAGGGGCAAUCUACAAAGAGCACAAGCCAUUAGUGUUGAGGCCAGUCUACAUAGGAACGGUACAAUACAAAAUUAAGAUGUUCAAUUCAGUUAAAGAAGAAUUAAUUCCUCUACAAUUUUAUGGGACAUUGCCGAAAGGUUAUGUAAUUAAGGAAAUACAUUAUAGGAAAGGGAAAGAUGCAUCCCUUAGUCUAGAGCCGGAUUUGAGCAAUAGUGGCACUAACAGAAUUUCCCAAAGAACUAAAUUAGUAGCCAAGAGCCCAGAGGCUGAUGUGGCAGGAGACCUUGCUCCACCCUGGAGAGAUGCUCUCUCCAAAGGAUCAAAGUCCAUGACCUCAUUAUUUAGUCAUGAAGAGCAAAAGAAAACGUAUGUUGAUUCCUCCUUAAAUGCCACACCUGCAACUGAACACACAUUUUCUUUUUAUUCCAAAAAUGACACAGCAGUUCAAGAAGAACAUCUCAGACCUCCACAGACACUGUCACAACAGCCAGCGGAUGGAUCAAAGACCUGUAGAACAGAGCCACCGAGCACUCUGGCAACCAUGGUCUUCGAAAGAGCAAAGGAAGAAGUGGAACCAGAUUCACAAGCGAUGGAAAAUUUAGAGGAUGAUGUAAAUCAGGAAGGCAUGGUUUCUGUCAAUCAUUCCAUGCCAUGUGAGGAAGAAUCUUUGGAAACAGGACCACUAAGACUGGCACCAUCCAUCCAAGAAUGGUUUGAGCCACACAUGGAAGGAUUAGAGCCGACUUCAAUAGAAAGGAUAGGCCCAGCAUCUGCACACCAGACCUCGCCUGAGCCCACACCCCACAGAGAGGAGGAACACGUGCUGGAGCCACUCGUGGCCCUUGCAUCUCGAGAACUAGAGAAGGAAGUGGAAACUUCCCUGCCAGUCUCGGACACCGCUGAGCCUGAAGAUUCUAGUCUAGAAGAUGAGAUCAUAGAACUUGAUUAUCCAGAAAGUUCAUUAGUUUCUGAGAGACCUUCCCCAUCACCUUUGUCCCCUGAAGUGAAACACAGAGAACAGUCCAUUCUACCAUCACAGAUGACAUUUACACCUGAAUAUACCACUUUGUCUGAUGAAGAAAGAGAGGAAAGUGAGUCUGUUUCUACUGAUUCUGCUUUUGUAUCUGAGUAUGCAGUCCUACAGGAUUUGAAACAUGAACCAGAGAAGCAAGAAGCCGAAGAAGUUUCUCGACUGGAUGUGAAGUCCAGCUCUGAACCUGCAGUCUUUUCAGAAGAAGACAAGGAACAUGAGUCUUAUUCUCCAGCUGUGGCCUCUGUAUCUGAACACAGUCUCUCUCCACUCAUCACAGAGAAGACAGCAACAUCCCAAUCCCCAGUCUUUUCAACAGUUUCACCACACCAUCUGGUGCUGUCUGGAGAUGAGGCCUCAGAGAACAUGUGCCACACACCAGAUUCCAUAUCUGCUUCUGAAUAUUCUGUUCCAUUGCUUGCUGCCCAAGAGUUGCUGGUAAGAACAGGUGACCAUAAGCCCCCAUUAAAGUCCCAACAUGUUUCAAAGUCCAUGAUUCAGACAGAAGAAGAGAAGGAAGCCAUUGGGCCACUACCACCCCUGUCUGCCAUGCUGAGACAUGCAGGUGAAGAUCUAGAGGAUGAGGAUAUAGAAAGUGAAAGUUUCAUAUCAUCUUCAAAACUGACAAUUAAACCCUUAAUUCCACAAAAUACAACACAGGUAUCCCCCCAAAAAACAAUAGACGACAUGUCCCAUUUUGAACCAAAGGGCAUUUUUGAGCCCAGGACUCUGCUAGAGGCAGAAAAGGAAGUGGUUGGGCCAUCUUCAUUGGAUGUGGUCUCUGCUUUGGCAUGUUCUCUCCCACUGUGUGCCACUGAGACCCUUUCUGAAUGCCAGGCCCCACUUCCUUCAGCGUCCUCAUCUGAGCAUGUGGUACUAUCAGAAGAAGGGAGAAUAGAAAGCCAGCAGGGUGCAAUCUCUUCCACACCUGAAGCGCUUGUCCACACAUCCUCCCUGCUCCUAAAGGGUGCCUCCUCACCUACAAAGCUACCAGAGCAAGAGCAGGAAGAGGAAGACAUUGGGCCCAUUUCCCCUGAUUCUGCAUUUGUGUCAGAAUUCUCAUUCUCACCCUAUCCAAUGCAGGAAGUAGAGAAAAGAGAGCUGGGGGUUGAUUCGCCACUGUGUUUAACAUCAGCAUCUGAGCACAAUAUUUUGUCUGAUGAGGACACUGAAGAGGCUGGGCUCUUUUCUCCAGAUUCAGCAUCACAGGUUUCAAUCCCACCAUACAGAAUCCCAGAAAUAGAGCAAGGUGAAGUCAAGCCACAUGUGUUACUAACUACGAGGUCUGCUCCAGAACAUGCCUACUUCUCAGAGGCAGAUGAAGAAGAGAUUGGAUCCUCAGCCAGCACACCUGUGCCUGAGCAUUUUGAGCCAUCACAGGAGCAAAAAGCUGAGCCUUUUGCUCUCAUGCCUGUAUCUGAAAACCUGAGCCUGCCACCUUCAGCAGAUAAAAUAGGCCAAGCAGAAAUUAUGCCAGCUGCUUCAACAAUCUCAACCUCUGUAUCUGAAUAUCUUAUCCUGGCACAGCAAUGCAAAACUCAAGCAUCUUGGGAGCCUGAGGCUGAAGGUUUGGUACCACCACUGUUAACCAGUGGGUGGGAGAAGGGAGAUGGUAAGAGCAGCUCACCAGCAGCUACAAUGGCGGCUUCUUCACCUGCGCUCUCAUCAGUGGAAAAGGAAGAAACCAGACCUGUUUUGCUCACAUCUCAGUUCUCAGUUUCACCUGAGCCGGCCUGUGUACUUAAGACAAAGCAGGAACCCAAAGUGUCACUCAUUGUAACACGUGCAGAAGAACAGAUGGCUCUGCCCAAAGUCAGAAGGGAAGAAACUGUGCCGGAUUCACAAGCAUCACAGGAUCAGGCACAAGAACCGCAGCCCCCAAAUGUUCCAGGGUCUGGGAUGAAGUACUCAGUUUUGUCUGACUUGGUAGAUGAGCCAAAGGCGGAUGUCGAACCCAAUUUAGCUCCAACUGUGACUUCUGAACUAGAACAGAGAGCAUUGUCAAAGAAUGAGCCCAAAGUGGCAAAACCAUAUUCACCUCCAGAGGAAACAUCUAUUUCUGGACAUAAGGUUUUAUCUGCAGUGAAGAUGGAAGUGAAACACAAUUCCAAAAUAGCCAGGGAACUUCCUGCAGCUUCAUCUGGAAUAGAAAAGGAAGUUGAACACCAUCCACCCACACCACCGGCAUUUCCAGCUUUGUUGGAAGAAAUGAAGAAAGAAACUGAAGCCAGCUUUUCUUCCACCACAGUGCCAGUAACUAAGCUUGAUUCAAGUUUAACUGAAUCAGGCAGAGAUGAAAUCCUAACAAAUUCAUCUCUUGCCAGCCCUGUGGGACAGCCAGGGUUAAGGCAAGUAGGGAAGAGUGAAUUAGAAAGUGGUUUGAAAAAGAACUCGGUGUCUGUGUCAGAGGUGUUAAGGCUGGAACCCAAACUUCCCAUCAACUCAGGUAGUGAGGUAGAGAAAGAAGAAAGCAAGCUUCCUCCCUCACAAGCGUCACCUGCUCACGAACACACAGUUCCAAAUGACAAACCCGAGGAGAAAACAAGGUCUCCUGAGCCUGAAAAUUUAGCAUCAGAUGAUUUGGCCCUCAGGGAUGAGAUGAACAAACAAGCAGAAGAGACAUCUCCUCCAGUGCUGGGAGGCUUCCUGUCAGGAAAGAGAGCGCUCAUAAAGCUCCCCCCAGAGCCUGAGAAACACAAACAGUUGUCAGAAGUACCAGCUGCUGGGUCAGAACUCACUGAUAGUACAGAUAGAGAUGGAUCCUUAGGUAUAGAACCAGUAAAACCCAUUAUAACGGAACCAGGGCCUUCCAUUUUAGGAAAGGGCCCCACUGAGCUUAGGAGCACAGGCAGAGAGCAAGAAGAAAACAGGGAGCUUCCUGUGCUUGCUACAUCUCCAGUAGAGACUAUAGAGGAAAAAAAGCCUGGAAAGACCCUUUGUAAGGUUCGAGCUGUUAAAGUGCCUGAUGUGAGCAGCUUCUUUGAGGAUAAGCCAGAUCUGGGUGUUAAACAAUUCUCAGAUAGGAAAGAGAAUUUGGAGCAGUCAAAACCAUUUAUGACAACUGAGCCUGCCAAUGUUAGAGGAACAACAUCGAAGGAGACUCUCAUUUCUCUGGAGGAUAACACCUGUAUGCUGGAAAAGCCAGAUGGCUUGGCCAAUCAGUGUGAAGACAGAAAACCAGGCUCUGGGCAGCUGGAGUUCUCUGAUAGCAAUAAUCUGAUGACAGGGAAACCUGAGGCUGCUCCAUUGGAUACUGAUCACACAUCUGGAAUCAGAAACCAAGAAGAAAGCCUGGCAGGAGUGUCUGGUGAGAAGCCACUUCAAGAACUCAAACAGGUUCAGUCAAAAACAGUAGAUGAUGUUGAUGAAGGGAGAACCCCAGCCCCUGAAGUGGCAGCAUCCACCCAAAGUGAAUCUGUCCCUGCAAUCAGAGCAGAUGUCAGGCUUCAACCCCCAGAGGCACCAGAGGGGAAUCAGGAGCCACCUGAGAGGCCAUUGGUGGCUGAGCAAAGCCCUCCUGCAGAGAAGGGGAAGAAAGGAAUUUCAUCUUUCAAAUCAUGGAUGUCUAGUUUAUUGUUUGGAACAAGUACUCCAUACAAUAAAGUCACUGACGAAGAUUUAGAAACCCAGCCAAGUCCCUCUGUAGAGAAAGCAGCAACUACUGUAGACACUAAAGUUGCAGUUCCUGCCGAGGUCAAUGCGGCUGAGAAGCCAGCUGUUCAUUCGUUACUCAAGGUCACAGUUAAACUGGCUGAGGAACCCAAGGAUGUUUCACUUAAAUCCAGGGAAAAUCAAGACCUUAAAGAAAAACUCACAUCUUUAUCAAAUGAAGAAGUUUCAAACCAGCCUAAAUCAAACUCUGAAAAUUAUGUUAAGAAAGAACUUGCAGACAAUUCAGAGGGAAUGGAUGUAAGCUUAGGUACUUCAGGUGGUGACGAACAUGUUGGAAUUCAGACUUGUUCCCCUAUGGGUGAGAAACUGGUUAGGAAAGAAUCCCAAAGCAUUGUUCCCCUUCAUGUUACUGAGAGCCAAACACAUCAGAAGCCACAAAUAUCUCCUCCAUCUAUGUGGACUAUUUCUGCUCUUAAGGAAGAGCCAAGUAGUGAUCACAAAGGACCGUGGCUCUUGCCAUCUGACAUAGUAGAUAAAAUGCCACAACAACCAAAGUCAGCUCUGUCUGACUUCACAAGGACAAAGGAAUCAGAGAAGCCAGCACCAGUGAUUUUGCCCGUGGACUCAAAAGGCAGCCUAAUUGAUCUUGGUGAAGACAGACUAAGACAAGAAAUGCCAAAACCUGCUUCUUGGAAACUUUGUGAAGAGGAGGUGAAAUGCCCAGUGGAGGAGGAUAGCUGCUGGGAAACUAGAUCAUUUUCCUUGGCAGAGAAGACGAUGCUGGCAGGGAAGCGAAAAAUCAUGGCUCCCUUGGAACUUAGGGAAAAUAAAGCAGUAGGAAAGUUGCAAAUGAUGCCGGAAUCUCGACCUUUUAAAUUGGAAGAAUCAAAAGCUGCUGAGAGACAGGAACCUCACAUCUCUCCAAGUGAAGAGCUCAUGGAAAAACCCAGUGAGGCUCUUGCUUCAGAGGAGAGGAGAGAAAAGGAAGAGCAGGCAUGGGUGUAUUCAGAAGGAAAGAAGCAGGGACACCUCCCCUACUCUCCAACUGCAGCCAUGUCUAUGCCUGGAACAUCAGCUGUCUCUUUGGAUAAGGCCCAGUCUCCUUCAUUUGUUAAACAACCACCAGUUACUGAAAAAUCGGAACACAUAUUCAUAGAGGUAUACCCAGAAAUUAGGGAAAGAAAGGCAGCAGAAACCCAACCAUAUCUCCAGAAAGAAAAUAAAAUAUUAGUAGAGGAAAUCAAGGCUUCCCUUGUGGAGCCGCCCCAUGGAGAAGAAAUGGAUGGCCAUUCUACCCAGGAAGGAAAUCUGGAGUUGGAGAAGUCAAAUAAGAGUAGAGUAGGUCUCAAAGAGGAAAGGAGGCAGUUCAUAAUGCCUGAGUUGUCCCUUGGUGCUUCAGUGGCUGAUGCAGAUGGAAGUAUGCAGGCAAGACCUCUAUCUAAGGAUGCCGAAAGGACACCAGAGCACGUGACUGGUGAAACAGAGCAUAUAGGAACACCGUUGACUCAGCUGUCACCUGUAGAACCACAGACUUCUCUAGAAAACACAAUGAAAAAACAAGAAACAUGGUCAGAGAGGCCUACAGUCCACACUAUCCAGACAUCUAAAGAUCACCCAGCUGAGAUGGUGAAACAGUCAGUUCUCAUUUCAAAGUGUCACUUGGAAGCUGUGGAGGACAUACACAGAAAUGAGCCAUUCUCUUCAGCAGCAAGCAACUAUACUCAGUUUAUGCUUAGCUCAUCAGCAGUCCAUGCUGAUGGAAUGACUCCUAUGAGAGGCACACCCCAGGAGCCUGACAACUCUGUGAAAGGUGAAGAAUUUGCAGUAACCAGCAAGCCAGCCGGACUUUCUGAAGACCAGAAGAGUGCCUUUAGCAUCAUUUCCGAAGGCUGUGAGAUAUUGAAUAUCCAUGCUCCAGCCUUCAUCCCUUCAGUAGAUCAGGAAGAAAGUGAGCAAAUGCAAGAUAAGUUACAGUAUUUGGAAGAAAAAGCCUCCUUUAAACGCAUACCCCUGCAUGAUGAGAGGGAGGAAGCUGCUUCCUGUAAAACACAGAAAAGCAAGUUAGAAGAUUCUGAUAGGAAAAUUACAUCACUGACAGAAAAUGAACCAAAAGAGACUCAUGAGACAAAGGAGGAGAUAGCCACAGGCACAGAAGUGAGUGAUUUCACUCCUAUUCAAUCCACAGUUUCCAGCGAAGAGGAUUAUUUUGAAAAAUAUACUUUGAUUGAUUAUAACCUGUGCCCAGAAUCAGAAAAACAGAAAUUAACUGUUGAGGGAUUCUCAAAGGAAGCCACAGAAGCAGUGGUUUCUCUCCCAGCAAGUUCAGAUGAGUGUGUCCUAGAACAUGAAUAUGACUCAGGACAGUCAGAUGAAAGCUUUUAUGGGCUAGAAAAGAAUGGCAGCACAUUUUCUCAUGCAGAGAUGCAAAAGUCUUUGGUUAUCAAAAAACCAGAUGAUAGAAAUGCUUCAAAGGGCAUCAGUAGGGAUGUGGACUGCAGGUCACCCGGGAUGCCUUUAUUUGAUGUAGAGGAAGGAGUUCUGUCAAGAAGCCAGAUGUUUCCCACCACCCCCACGCCUGUGAACCCUGAGCUGCUAGAGGAGCCGCCUGCACUCCCAUUCUUAUAUAAGGAUCUGUAUGAAGAGACACUUGGGGGGGAAAAUGAAGGGGAAACAGCUUCUGAAGUAGACAGUGUGGAGUCUGAGGCAGCAUUUCCAAGGAGGAAUUCUGACACUGAUGAUGGAACAGGUAUGUAUUUUGAGAAGUACAUACUCAAAGAUGACAUUCUUCAUGAUGAACCUAUAACUCAAGAGGAUAAAGGCCAACGCCUGGAAGGGAAGUCAGUGGGUGAAGAUGAUUCACAUCAACAGAGAGUUGUGGAAAGAGAAAUUGGGAGAAAGCCAGAAACUAGUGUUUGGGAGAAGAAUCUAGAAGAGGAACACAAGGCUGUUUACAGGGAAAGAGAAUCCAUAGGCCACAUGGAGACCCUUGACAAGGAACAGAAAAAAACUCCCAUUACAGAGCAAGUCACAGUGGUCACCCAGAAGAUGAGCUAUGCAGUUCCAUUUGAAGACACCCGCCGUGUUCUGGAGAGUGUAGAUGAGCCAAGCAGCCAGGGUAAUGAAGCAGGAAGUGCAAGUCCAGAGGGCAAUCUGAAUGUCCCAGAACAAGUGUCUUUCCCAGAGGAAGAAUUGGCAGCCACUUAUGCCCCUGAAAUAUUGCAAGAAAAGCUGGUCCCAUCUGUGCCACAUGAAGAGAGACUCCACAAUGUCCCUGUACAGGAUGAGUAUGAGUUUGUUGACUCUCUGAAUCAUGAAACGGUCAAUCAAGGCAUCUUACCAGAAGAUUCAGAAUCCACACCCGAAGGUGUGUUAUCUCAAGGAACAGAAACCUUCAAGCCCAUCAGAGAACAAGAUUUCAUAAGUGAGGGAGAACCAAGUAUGUCCAUUGCAUGGGGAGAGUUCGACAGGACAGAAGAGCAGUCAGUAUCAGAAUCGGUUACAGCUAAGACACAACAGGUUGACUCUUACUGCUACACCUGCAAAAGCCCAGUCUCUGACGUGGACAGGGUGCUGGACGUUCACAAAGACCACGAGGUCUCAGCCCUUGAUACAGCUGUAGCCGCUGUAAAGAUUCAAUUAGGAGAAUUUCUUGAAAACCUACAAGAAAAAUCUUUGAGGAUUGAAGCUUUUGUUAGUGAGAUUGAAUCCUUUUUUAAUACUAUUGAGGAAAACUGUAGCAAAAAUGAGAAAAGACUAGAAGAGCAGAAUGAGGAAAUGAUGAAGAAGGUUUUGGCAAGGUAUGAUGAGAAAGCCCAGAGCUUUGAGGAAGUGAAGAAGAAGAAGAUGGAGUUCCUACAUGACCAGAUGGUCCACUUUCUUCAGAGCAUGGACACAGCCAAGGACACCCUGGAGACCAUUGUGAGAGAAGCUGAGGAGCUUGACGAGACAGUUUUCCUGGCUUCGUUUGAGGAAAUCAAUGAAAGGCUGCUUUCUGCAAUGGAGAGCACAGCUUCCUUAGAGAACAUGCCUGCUGCCUUCUCACUUUUUGAACAUUAUGACAGCUCGGCGCAGAGUGACCAGAUGUUGAAACAAGUGGCUGUUCCACAGCCUCCCAGACUAGAACCCCAGGAACCAAAUUCUGCCACCAGCACAACGAUUUCAGUGUACUGGAGUGUGAACAAGGAUGAUGUUGUGGAUGCAUUCCAGGUGUACUGUACAGAGGAGCCUCAAGAUGACCAAGAAAUAAAUGAACUGAUAGAAGAAUACAGAUUGACAGUGAAGGAAAGUUACUGCAUUUUUGAAGACUUAGAACCUGAUCGAUGUUAUCAAGUGUGGGUGAUGGCUGUCAACUUCACUGGAUGUAGCCUGCCCAGCGAAAGAGCAAUUUUUAGAACAGCACCCUCCACCCCUGUGAUUCAUGCAGAAGACUGUACUGUGUGUUGGAAUACGGCCACUGUCAGAUGGCAGUCUGCUAACCCUGAGGCCACAGAGACCUACACUCUGGAGUACUGCAGACAACACUCUCCUGAGGGCGAGGGCCUGAGAUCUUUUUCUGGAAUUAAAGGACUCCAGCUCAGAGUCAGCCUCCCACCAAAUGACAAUUACUUCUUCUAUGUGAGAGCCAUCAAUGCAUUCGGGACAAGUGAGCAGAGCGAAGCUGCCCUCAUCUCCACCAGAGGAACUAGAUUUCUCUUACUGAGAGAAACAGCUCACCCAGCUCUCCAGAUCUCCUCCGACGGGACGGUGAUCAGCUUCUCUGAGAGGAGACGGCUGACGGAGAUCCCCUCAGUGCUGGGUGAGGAGCUGCCUGCCUGUGGCCAGCAUUACUGGGAAACCACAGUCACAGACUGUCCUGCAUAUCGACUUGGCAUCUGUUCCAGCUCAGCUGUGAGGGCUGGUGCCCUGGGACAAGGGGAGACCUCAUGGUACAUGCAUUGCUCUGAGUCACAGAGGUACACAUUUUUCUACAGUGGCAUUCUGAGCGAGGUACAUGCGACCGAGCGCCCAGCCAGAGUGGGCAUUCUGCUGGACUACAGCAACCAGAGACUUGUGUUUAUAAACGCCGAGAGUGGACAGCUGCUCUUCACCGUGAGGCACAGGUUUAGUGAGGGUGCACACCCUGCCUUUGCUCUGGAGAAGCCUGGGAAAUGUACUCUGCAUCUGGGCUUAGAGCCCCCAGAUUCUGUCAGGCACAAGUGAUCCUGAGCACUCAGAGUUUCUAAGAGUAAGAAGUCAAGUUUGGGGAAGAGAGCUGUCAUUCUCUCUCAUGCUCUGCAUAUUAUUCAGAUAUACACACCUGCAGUAGUACAGGCUAUGCAUGCCACUGUCAGUGUGUGACAAAAGCCAGGGACAUGGUGACUUACGGCACAGUGUGUGAGAGGCUGGAAAUGGAGCCUCCAUCCUUUGGUUGAGUUGUUUCAUAAAUUCAAAGGAUUUACACUUGACCCAGGAACCAAAACCAGAGAAAUGGACUACCUGCUAUAUUGAUCAAACAAUUUCCCAGGUAGCUAGGUCAGAGGGGAGGGAAGGUUGUGUUACUGGCACAUCACCUCUGACAAAGAGACAUCGACUCUGCCACAAGAAAAUGUCACCUUACUUCACUAGAGGAUGAGUCCUAGUCACUAGAGAAGAUGCUUUAGCUGAUCUAAAUUUACAAUGAAUUUUUAUUAUCACAUAUGCUAUAAAGCGAAGCCUCACUUCUCUGAAACUGGAAAUGUAGAAAAGUACUAGAUAUCAGAGAUUUCCAUUUUGUUAAA